CCAAUCAUUCUGUACUCACCUACGUGCUCUGGCUCCUUCACCUCCGAUCCGCAGUGGACAGAAAAACUGCGAUGAGCAAACUACCCGAGACCUGAGAGUUGGUUAGGGAAUAACAAUGGACUCAGAAAGCAGCCACCAAAGCCGCCGCCGCCGCAGCCGCAGCCUCAUCUGGGAUCUUGUUCGUUGCGACCGCCUGGAUAACCUGUGCGAGAGCUUGUUGAUCGAUAUUUUAUCUAGGCUCCCCUGCCGAGCAGCUGCCCAAUUCAAAUCGGUAUGCAAGCGCUGGAAUUCUCUCAUCUCUUCCGACUAUUUCGUUAGGCUUUUCAAUCACCGCCGUCACGACCCGGAAUCGUCGGCCUACACGCUCGUAUUCGUAUUCCACCGUCCGAUACCAUAUUAUAGGUUUGAAGAUGACUGCGGGCCGGUUGCUCGCUGUAGUUCCGGGGGCGCCGUGCUGCGAGUGGACAAGCUUGAUUUGAGUUUUCUUCCACCUCGCCCGCCAAGCAAAAUUGCAGUGAAUGCUUCGUGUGAUGACCUAAUUUUAUGCUCUUCUGAUGAGGAACCCAAGCCUUUCUAUGUGUGCAAUCUGCGAACCCGGCAAUGGGUUGAUCUUCCUCCAGUCGAUAUUCCUUACCCCUUUGCAAAUGAUUAUUUGGUCGGAUUUCUUUGUAAUCCUCCACCCUGUUCCCUUUGCCUUGGCGUAAAAGGAGGUGUAGACAUUAAUAAACUUGAAUUUAUGGUUGUGCUAAUUCGUCAUCAGAUAUAUAGAAGAAGAAGAAGUUUAAUAAAUUCAGGUAAUGGAGUUAGCCACAUUCAAGUAUUGCUCUUUUCAUCUGAGGAAGGUCAAUGGAAGAGUCUUACAGUUUCAUCCCCGUCGAGAAAUCUAUACGGUCUUGAAGCCGUUGAAGGGAAUGUUGUUCCAUAUAAAGGGAAGUUGCACUGGCUGAAUUAUAAUGAUAUUCUAGUGUAUGAUCCUUACAAUGAUCCCACUAAACUUUCGCGUGUCAUUGAAAUGGAUUUUGACCAUUUUGAUCGAGUGAGCCUUGGUGUGUUCCAAAAUCGACUUCGUGUAGCAAGCACUACAGUGAAUGAAAACCCUAUAUGUCAUUGUGUAUGGGAGCUUGAGGACUACGAAAUGGAGAAGUGGAGGUUGGUGCACGAGCUUGAGAAUACCAGUCGAAAUUCCCCAAUAAUCUUUAUGUUCCAUGAUGGAAAUGCUUUGUGCUGGGAAAAUGAGGGCUCUCGUGUGUGGCUAUUCAACUUCCAGAGUGUAGGGGUGGGCCAGGAUCACAAGUACGAGUUGGUUCCCCCCGGCCUUGACCAUUUGUUAUGUGAAGUGUAUGUCCAUCAGAUUGCAGAUCAUUGGUGGCCUACGCCGCUGUCAUCCUUGUCCUGCCACCAAGGUGUCGUUCACUCUUAACUUGCAUCUCAUUCAUUCCCUUUUCUUCCUUGUUAUACUAAUGCACCUGGCUACUCUACUAUAAAUUAUUGUCUCUAUUUUAAUACAAAAUGUAUGUUUUUUUUAAAUAUAAUGCUGAAUAAUGAUAUUUUUUUUAUUAUUCUCAUAUUGUGUGGUUCUAUAUUGAUGCAUGUUAGUCUUUAAAUUAGUUCUGGCGUUAGAUAUAUUCUCACUCAGUUUUCAGCCGAGCGUAUAGCGUUCAUUGUCUUUGACUGGACGCAGAUGAAAAUCAAGGAUCAGAUGAUCAGCUUGGAGGAUAAUGAGAUGUGACUUCGGUGGAUGAAUGAAGCUCUUUAUUUAUU